AUGGCUAAUGUUAUUCAAGAAAGUAAUAACACAAAAGACCACAUGCUGAAAGAAGAUAGAUUAGAUCUUCAGCAUGACGCUGACACAAAACUCUGCUGGAUAGCAGCUACACACGCUUUCGAAAUGUUGAAUGCGACGCCUCGUUAUAUCUUCAGCUAUCGAUGGGGCUACUUGGUGGACGGCCGAUGGACUGGAAUGAUUGCCGAUAUUGUCUCUAACAAAGCGGAUCUCGCUACCAACUGCUUCCUCUUCGCUGAUAGACUAGACGUGGUGACUUACACGGAUGUGGUAGCGCCGAUCCGUACACGCUUCAUAUUCCGCCAGCCGCCUCUGACGAGCGUCUCCAAUAUAUUCUCACUGCCGUUCUCCACCAGCGUGUGGGUAGCGAUCAGUGCGUCUCAGCUCGAUGGCAGUAUAGCAGAUGCUCUGCUACUCACAAUGAGUGCUGUUGCUCAACAGGGUUGCUUUAUUGAACCCAGACGAGCGCCAGGUCGCAUUAUGGAAUGGGUACUGUUUGCCGCGUUGAUGGCGCUAUACGCAGCAUACUCAGCUAACAUAGUGGUACUUCUUCAAGCUCCGUCUAACUCCAUACGUUCACUGGCACAUCUUUCUGAGUCUAAGAUGACGCUCGCAGCCCUGGACGUCGACUACAGCAGAUUCCUUUUAAAUCAACAUAAAGAUAAAAUACACUUAGAAAUCACCAAAAGGGUGAUAUCAGAAAACGAUAAACCGCAGUUUUAUAGUAUCAACGAUGGCACUGAGAAAAUAAGACAGGGAAUGUUCGCUUUGCAUUCUCUAGUGGGACCAAUUUACCGCCGUAUCAAAGAUACGUUCUUGGAAUCUGAGAAAUGCGACCUAACUGAGAUAGACUAUGUAAACGGCUUUGAUGCCUUCAUACCAGUUAAAAAAGAUUCUCCUUACCUAGAGAUGAUCAGAGUAGUGUUUAAGCAGAUCCGUGAGUCUGGACUCCAGUCCGCACUGGUCAAACGAUUCCAGGUGCAGAAACCACGAUGUUCCAACACAAUGUCGGCAUUUAGCAGCGUGGGUUUCUUAGACCUCGCUCCUGUUCUAAUAUUCAUGCUCUACGGCACAGCUCUCUCAAUAUUUAUAUUGAUAGCUGAGAUUGUUUAUUAUAAGAUGUAAGAAAUUAUUUGUAUGUAUAUGUUUAUAUACAGCCUUUAGGUGACUUCAUACUUUUUGUAACAGGUUGUUUGUUUGGUCUCGGAAAGUACCUUAUUUAAUUAUUGAUGACUGUUAUUAGUGAGGAAAAAAAUUUUUCUUGACAGAUACGGGAAAUGUCGAAAUACCAGUUUUGGAAGCAGCAAAAAAAAUCAAAAAAAGGCAGUGAGCAAAACUUGAGUACAGAUGAAAUAGAAACAAACACAACAGCACAAAAUCUCUCUGCACCGUUACUGCUACUUAAAUUUGUUCAAGGAAAAUUAGAAAUACAAUUAAAUAAAUUAUAGAGAGAAACAUUUUGUUUUAUUGAACCUUAUUUUCCAUAUUUUUAAUCAUUACAAUCAGAGUUUAUAUGAAUUAAAACAAAUAACGUAUUAUAAAAUCAAAGAAUGAGGUAUUAUCCUAUCAUGUUUUAGUUCAUGGUUUUGUUUCUCUUCUUAUCUAUUUUAUUUUUUUGAGUCCUCAGAGUUGUAGCUUUUCGGGGAGCUUCCGCCUUUAAUAAUCUCGUAGAAAGUUUUCCCACUUUAGCAGGUGAGGAUUGCGCUUUCUUUACAAACUUCUCAUUAGGUUCAGACAUUUUUAAGCCGAUUUUUUGUACUGGCAUGCUUUUUGUCUUUAUUUUACUAGGUAAAGAUUGAGUUAUGUUCUUUGAUUUUAUUUUUCGUGUCUCUUCUAUAUUUGUUUGAACAUCUCGUUGAAC